AUGGAUUUAGAACAAGAUGAAUGGAUGUCACAAAGACAAAGACAACAACAAAUGGAAUUUUCAAGAAUUGGAAUUGAAGUGAUUGGUUCAAAAAAGGAUUUAAUAGUAAAUAGUAUGAAAAAUCAUGAAACCACACUAACAAUCAUAAAUGAAACCUAUCGUAUAGUUUACUAUGAUCAAUAUGAAAGUAAAUUCACAUCUUGUAAUAUCAUUACUUUUGAUGGUAAGGAUAAAAGGUCAAUUAAAAAAAUGAAAAGAGUUGUUCAAAAAUUAUCAAAUGAGUCAACAAAUAGUAGUCACCAAUUUGAUCUUCAUUCACACGCAUUAUUACAAUCAUCAUCAUCGUCAUCAUCGUCAUCAACAUCAUCAUCACCAUCACUAACAUCAUCGCCAUCAUCACCAAUUUCAACAUCACCACCAUACCAUUCAUCACCUCAAUUAUUGGAGCAUUUACUGCACCAACAACAACCAAUAACAUCAGUCGGAAGUAAACCUUCAUUUUUUGUAAUUAUAAAUUUAUAUAAUGAUGAUAGACAAUCUUACAUGUCAGAGAUUGUUUCAUUCGCUGGUUCGUUUCAAUUUAUUGAAUGGAGAAAUGAUGAAUCUUGGAAAGAAGUUUUUAAAUUAUCUUCAAAUCUUUUAACUUAUCAUGUUAAAAAAAAUGAAUUAGCAAGAGCAUGUACAUUAGGUGAUAUUAAUCUUUUAGAUGAAAUAAUUUUAUCAGGUUGUUCAAAAUCACAAUUAAAAGAAGCACAAGGUGCUGGAUAUACAAUUGUAUUUAAUUCAUAUACAUCAUAUAGUAGUGGAUCAUCAUUGGUAGUUUCAGGUACAAUGGCAUUAUUAUGUGCAAUCGUUGAAAAUGGUACAUUUUUAUUAUUAUCAAAAUCAAAUAUUACUAGAUUUCCAAUGUCAAUUAUAAAUAUGUGUUCACAAUUGGUUGAAUUGGAUAUGAGUAAUAAUAGAAUAACAGAGAUACCAAUUGAAAUUACAGAAUUGAAAUUUCUAAAGAAUUUAAAUUUAUCUGAUAAUUUAAUCAAUGAUAUACCAUUAGAGAUUUGUAAUUUAACUUUGUUAAAGGUUUUAUUAUUAAAUGAAAAUCCAUUAAAUAAUUUCCCAUCAAGUAUUGUUGAACUUGGUACAAAGAAAUUAUUAUCAUUUUGUAGGAAUAUAUUAGAAGGUAAAUCAUGCGAAACUUGGAAUAAAGUGAAACUGAUGUUUGUUGGUGAAGAAGGUGUUGGUAAAACUAGAUUAUGUAAAUUAUUAAUUGGUUCAAAAUAUAAUAAGAAAAAGUCAUCAUCGUCAUCAUCAUCAUCAUUAUCGUCAUUGUCAUCGGCAUUAUCAUCGUCAUCAUCAUCAUCAUCGAUAAUCAACUCUAAUAGUAUUAGCAACUCCAAUAUCAAUAUGGUGAAUAUAAAAAAUGAAAAUCAAGUAACUGGUGAUACAGUAUCAACAGAGGGUGUUAAUAUCCAUGAUUUUAAGAGUAAAAAAGUUGAAUUCUAUGCAUGGGAUUUCGGUGGUCAACAAAUAUUUUAUCCAACUCAUCAAUUCUUUUUAACUACUCAGUCAUUGUAUUUAUUAAUUUUCAGAGUUAAUGAUUCGAAUUUUGCAGAGAGGGUCAAUUAUUGGGUACAUCAAAUUAAAGCGAAAUCUGGUAUUUCUCUACCAAUUAUUUUCUUUGUUGGUACUCAUAUUGAUAGUUGUACACCUGAACAAUUGUCAAUGGCAGAAUCAAUUUUAAAAUCAAAUUUUAUAAAAUAUUCACGUGUAAAACAGAAUGUAAUUAAUUUCGUAUCUUGUGUAACUGGAAAAGGUGUAAAAGAAUUAAAGAAACGAUUAAUUCAUGAAUCUGAAAAAUCAAGAUUAAUUAAAAAAGAUAUACCUGGUAGUUAUAUAAUAUUAGAACAAAGGUUAUCAAAUAGAGGUGCUAAUCAAGGUAGAAUGUCAAUUUCAAACUCUGCUUCAAAUUCAUCAUCAUCCUUAUUAAAUUCAUCAUCAUCAUCAUCGCCAUCUUUAACAAGUAAAAAAAGUUCAUCUCAUUUAAAACAUAGUCAACAACAACAACAACAGCAUCAGCAACAGCAGCAACAACUGCAACAAUCUAUAAAAGAGAAAUAUAUUGAUUAUGAUGAUUAUUUAAAUGAAUGUAAAUUAUCAUAUUUAAAACCACAUGAAAUUAAAGAUGCAACCGAUUUUCUACAUAAUCUAGGUAUAAUAUUACAUUUUGAUUCACCAAAACUUAAUAAUUUAGUAGUGUUGGAUCCUCAAUGGUUGGCAGAUGUAAUGUCAUCGCUUAUUACAUUCUCUCAUAGUUGGAUAAAACUUGGUAUAUUGAAUCACUCGGAUUUGCAAUCGAUUUGGGGUGGACGAUAUAAACAAACACUUUGGCCAUCAUUAUUGAAAUUGUUAGAGAAAUUCGAAGUUUCAUAUCAGUUACCUAAUCUAUCAAAAUCUUUAAUACCAUCUUUACUACCUGAUGAUCCAAUUGGAGAGAUUUUAGAAAUUAAAGAUCGUGAAUGGGUCCCACUAAAACUCGCAAUGGAGAAUAACUAUGUACAAGUAUUUGGUUGUGAUUAUCAUUUUAGUUUUAUGCCAUUAGGUUUCUUUGCACGUCUUUUAUUAAGAAUACUUUUAAUUCAAGGUAUUGAUAUUAAAACUUAUUGGAAAGAUGGUGUAUUAUUAGAUAUUUUAACACCAUCUGAUAAAAUUAAACAACAACAAUUGUUACAAAAAAAAUCAAUUUUUGAACCAACAACUACUCUAUCACCAUUUCUUUGUAGUUUAUCAUUAACAGAUUCACAAAAUUAUUCACCACUUGAACCACCACCACUAAUUUUAAAUUCACCAAGAGUUAAUAGAAAAUUCAUUUCAAAUUCAACCUCAACAACAAGCACAACAACAAGUACAACAAGUACAAGUACAACAAGUUCAAAUAAUAUAACACCACUUUCUAUGUCAUCAAUAACUCCAUAUUCACCAACAUCACCAAGAACUCCUUCUUUUUCUUCCUCUUCCACUACUACAUCUUCAUCAUCAUCAUCUUCUUCACCAUCAUCACAAUUUUGUGGUGUUGGUUGUCAUAGAAAUAUUAAUAAAAAUAAUGGUAGUAGUAAUGAAUUAAUUAAAACAUUAACAAAAAUAAAUAAUCAAAAUGGUAGUAGUGGUGAAUUAAUUAAAACAACAACAACAACAUCAACAUCAACAUCAACAACUUCAACAACAACACCAACAACAACAACACCAACAAUACCAAUAAAAAAUAAUAACAAUAAAAAAUUACCAAUUAAUAGAACAGUAUCAUCAUUAUGUUUAACAGCAAAACCUAAACUUCAAGCAUUAAUAACAUUUAUAAAAAAGAAAUCAUUUGAACAAUCACAUGAUAAUGAUAGUUAUAAAUUAAAUAUUCAAGUUAGAACUUAUAAUACAACAAUUGAUAAAGAACAUUCAGUAUCAUUAUUUUUUCAACAACUUUUAUUUACAAUUGAUACAUUAAUAUCAGGUUCUUAUCAAGGUUUGGAAGUUACUCGAACAAUACCAUGUACACAUUGUAUUCAACUCAACCCAACUAUUGAACCUUAUCAUUUCGAUUUAGGUGAUUGUAUAUCAGCUUUAGAAGAUGGUAGAUCUCAUGUCUAUUGUGGUAAUGAUCCAAAUACACCAGUUCGUAUAGAUUAUAUUGCACCUGAUAUAUGUUUAAAAAAAGUACCAACUUUUACUGAUGACCAAAUACUCUAUGAAAGACAAAUUGGUGAAGGUGGUUUUGGUUUAAUUCAUAAAGGUAAAUUAAUUUCAAAUAAAUCUGAUAUUGCAAUUAAAUCUUUAAUUUUAUGUAAUUCAAAUAAUAACAAUAAUUCAAAUAAUAACAAUAAUUCAAAUAAUUCAAAUAAUUUUAAAAAUAAUAAUAAUGAAGACGAAUUUAUUGAAAAAUUUCAAGAAUUUCAACAUGAAGUUUUUAUUAUGUCAAAUUUAAAUCAUCCAAAUAUUGUUAAACUUUAUGGUUUAAUGCAUAAUCCACCACGUAUGGUAAUGGAGUAUGUUGAACAUGGUGAUCUUUAUCAUUUAUGUCAAGAUAAGGAAAGAUAUGCUUCAUUGGGAUGGACUUUAAAAUUACGUUUAAUGAUUGAUAUUGCCAAGGGUAUUGGGUAUAUGCAAAAUCAAAACCCACCAAUUGUUCAUAGAGAUUUACGUUCACCAAAUAUUUUCUUGAAAUCUUUAGAUGAGAAUUCACCAGUUUGUGCUAAAAUCGCUGAUUUCGGUCUUUCUCAACAAUCAGUUUAUUCUGUAAGUGGUUUACUUGGUAAUUUUCAAUGGAUGGCACCAGAAACCAUCGGUGUUGAAGAUGAAAGUUAUACUGAAAAAGUUGAUACCUAUAGUUUUGCUAUGAUUUUAUUUACAAUUUUAACUGGUGAAAUCCCAUUUGAUGAAUAUUCAUUUGGUAAAAUGCAAUUUAUAAAUUUAAUUAGAGAAGAGAAUCUUAGACCAACUUUACCAUUCGAUUGUGAUCCUCGUCUUUCAAAUUUAAUUCAAUUAUGUUGGUCAACAAAUCCAAAAAAGAGACCUUCAUUCACUUUUAUCAUUAAAGAAUUGCUUGAAAUUAGAAUAGAUUCAAUACAAACUUCUUAUUUUGAUUCUCCAUUUUUAAAAAAUUAUCCUGCUUCAAUUUAA